AUGAGUAGAGCAGGUACAGCAGGUUAUGAUAUGAGUAUUAUUUUCUCACCACAAGGAAAAUUAUACCAAAUUGAAUAUGCAUUCAAAGCUAUUAAAACAGGUGGUCUCACAUCAGUUGGUAUCCGUGGUAAAGAUUCAGUAGUUGUAGCAACUCAAAAGAAAAUCCCAGACAAGUUAAUUGACCCAAAAUCAAUUACAUCACUUUAUAAACUUACUGAUUAUAUUGGUUGUGUCCAAACUGGUAUUGUUCCUGAUUCAAAAUCUCAAGUUAGUAGAGCUAUUCAAGAAUGUGCAUCAUUCCAUCAUAAAUUUGGUUAUCAAAUGCCACCAAAUGUUUUAGCUAAAAGAAUUGCAGAUAUUGCACAAUUAUCAACACAACAUGCUUCAGCUAGACCAUUAGGUGUUGCAAUGAUCCUUAUUGGUAUUGAUGACGAAUUAGGUCCACAACUUUAUAAAAUUGAUCCAGCUGGUGUAUAUUGCGGUUAUAAAGCAACUGGUGCUGGUGAAAAAGAACAAGAAACAACCAAUUUCCUUGAAAAGAAAUUUAAAUCAAAUCCACAAUUAUCAAGAGAUGAAACUAUUCAAAUGGCCAUUUCAACACUCCAAAAUGUUUUAGGUGCUGAUUUAAAGGCAUCAGAUAUUGAAAUUGGUAUUUGUACAGUUGAAAAUAAAAAGUUUGCUGUUAUGACUGAAGAAGAAAUUGAUGUUCAAUUAACUAAACUUGCUGAAAGAGAUUAAAAAUACAGAUAAUUAUAAAAUAAAAACCAAAUUGUUAUAUAAAAAAAAAAAAAAAAAAAAAAGAAAAAAAAAAAAGUUUUAAAACAAU